AAGUAUUUUUUUUAUUUACUAUACAACGCAUAUAAAUUAUAAUACUACUAAAUUGUAUGUAGAGACCUCCAGAGAGCGUAUAUAUUUUGCAAUGGUCGUGUCCAGCGGAGUGAAGUGGACCUUCGAUUUGCGCUGCAGACAUUGAAGUUAACGGUCGCAAAUUUUAUAAUUUUGUGCUAAAAUUUUAAACUGCUAAAAUCAGUUUGAGUAUAUCUGUGAAAUACUGUGUUGUGUUUUUUAAAUUUCCCUAAAAUGGCUCUUCUCAAAUUACAUUUCUUUUCAUACGAAGUUCUUCUUGCGACAGUGUUGUUUCUCCUAAUAAUAUAUUUAUGGUUCCUAUAUAAAUUUACAUACUGGUCAAAGAGAGGUGUGUUGGGACCGAAACCGGUGUUCCCUUUCGGAAAUAUAGAGAAAGUAGUACGAAGGAAAGAUCAGUUCUUUCAGCCGUUCUGUGACAACUAUUACAAAUACAAACAUUUACCAUACGUCGGUAUGUACUGCUUCAAUCAGCCUGUGCUGAGUAUUAACGAUCCCGAGUUGGCUAAACAAAUACUAAUAAAGGAUUUUGACCAUUUCCAAUCGCACGGUAUAUUUUCCGGAGGUUCUGGCGAUCCUCUGGCAGGCCAUCUAUUCAAUUUGCACGCUCAGGCCUGGAAAACGCUGCGUCUAAAGAUGUCACCGGUGUUUUCGGCUUCAAAAUUGAAGUCAAUGUAUCCUUUGGUGGAGAAAAUAGCUAAAGAAGCACAGGAUUAUGCGACGACGUUAUACAUGAAGGGUGAGGCUGUGAAUUUUACGGAGUUCUACGAGAAAUAUGUGAUGGAAAUUAUUGGGAGCGUCGGAUUUGGGGUUGAGUGCAAUGGACUCAAGAAUUCACGUUCGGAGUUUUAUUUGCAUGGAAACGAUUACUUCAACCCGACUUCUCUUUACUGGACAGUAGUGCGAGCAAUGGCGUUUGUAAUGCCUUCAUUUUUUAAAAAACUGAAGCUAAAACGCAUUAAUCCGGAUAUAAUAAGCUUUUUCUACAACCUGGUCAAGGAAACAGUUGAAUAUCGUUACAAAUACAGUUAUAAGCGUAACGACUUCUUGCAAGCUCUUAUAGAGUUGAAGGAAAAUUCUGAAAAUACCAAAGAAAGCAUAGACAACGAGUCAGCAAACUUCAAGUUCACCAUCACAGACGUAGCAGCAAACACCAUGUUGUAUAUGUUUGCUGGUUACGAGACCUCGGCCACCACUGGUCAGUUCGCUACUUACGAGCUAGCUCGCAACCCUCACAUACAGCGCCGAGCGAGGGAGGAAAUAAACAGGGUUCUGGCGAAGUACGGCGGAGAAUGCACGUAUGAGGCGCAGAAUGAGAUGGUCUACAUGAAUAUGGUGCUCGACGAAACAAUGAGAAUGCAUCCUCCAUUGCGUGCGUUGUUCCGAAGAUGCACCAAGGCUUAUAAGUUACCAAACAGUGGAGUGCUAAUAGAGGAGGGCACGCAAAUCUUCGUGCCGGCGCACGCGAUUCAGAUGGACCCGGAUAUAUUCGCUGACCCGGAGACAUUCGACCCGGAGAGAUUUUCACCGGAGAACAAGAAGACUAUUCAUCCUUGCCAUUGGAUGCCAUUCGGAGAAGGCCCCAGAAAAUGCUUAGGCCUCCGGCAAGGGUACAUUCAGUCGAAACUGGCUUUGGUGAAACUUUUGCAGACGUAUGAGCUGACAAUGGAUGCGCGCACGCAAGUCCCGACCAAGUUGAAGGCAUCAGCGCUGUCUUGUGCGGCAGAGGGCGGUAUUUGGAUACGACUAAAAAAAAUAACGGACAGUGUAGAUUAAUAUCGACCAAUGAUUUUAUAUUAUUAGAUAUAUCUCAUCAUCAUCAUCAUGUCAGCCGAUGGACGUCCACUGCAGGACAUAUACCUUUUGUAGGGACUUCCAAACAUCACGAUCCUGAGCCGCCUGCAUCCAGCGAAUCUCUGCGACUCGCUUGAUGUCGUCAGUCUGCCUGGUGGGGAGUCGACCAACACUGCGCUUACUAGUGCGGGGAUUCCAGCACUUUGGGACCCCAACGUCCAUCGGCUCUUCGAACUAUGUGUUCCGUCCAUUGCCACUUCAGCUUCGCUCGUUGAGCUAUGUGACUUUGCUUCUUCUGCAGAUCUCCUCAUUUCUGAUUCGAACACGCAGAGAUACUCCUAUCAUAGCUCGUUCCAUCGCCCGCUGUGUGACUCUGAUCCUUCUUACGAGGCCCAUAGUUAGCGACCAAGUCUUGACAUAUAUAAUUGUAUAAAAUCAUUGGUUUAACACGCGUUAUAGUCUGGCAAGUUCUAUGACACUCCCAUGAUAUACGGGCGACGGGGGAAGACUGCGCGGGUGUGAAAUCGUGCGUGCGGUGAAGUGAGAUGCAUCAGUCGUGGGAUUUUCAUUCAUCGCUACACCAUCGGGAGUGUUACGAACGAAGUUGCCAAGCUAUAGUGCUAAUAGCACUAGAACGUCGGAACUGAGGAGACAAAGGCACCCAAAUGGCUUCCUUUCCAUUUAGUCGCAUCGUAAAGAACGAAAGUUAUUUGAGCAUACAUACCUUAAUAUUGUCUAUACGUAAAUAUAUAAUUUAUACAUAGGCUAACCACUAGACCAACGAUUUGUAGGUAGUGGAAAUUAUGGUAUUUAAGUAAAUAAAGCAUUUAGUUCAGGCUAAAGACUUAUAGUUUUACACAGGAGUUCAUAUUGGGUAAGGAUUUAAGUAAUAAGUAUGUGAUAUAGAUAAUAAAUACUUUUUUCCAUAAAUUUUUAUUAAGUACUUAUAUAAGAUUUUUAUUUAAUUAAGGUUAAUUGAUUUUUUUAUGAUAUUAUACAUUAAUAUGAUCAAUAUAAUUGUGCAAAAACUUAAUUUAAAUAGGUACGUCAUUAAAUAAUAAUUAUAAAUUAUAAGAGAUUUUCA